ACGUAAUAAUAAUUACAUGCUUCAAGAGGGCCACCAUUGUUCCUGUUCCCAAGAAAGCUAAGGUAACUGAGCUAAACGACUACCGCCCCGUAGCACUCACUUCCGUCAUCAUGAAGUGCUUUGAGAGACUAGUCAAGGACCAUAUCACCUCCACCCUACUGGACACCCUAGACCACAUAUGUCAGAGUCAAGGCCCGCGGGCCACAUCCGGCCCGCGAGAAGGUUUUUUACGGCCCCUGGGAUGAUCUUGAUUUAUUAUUAGAACCGGCCCGCAGACCGCAGCAAGCCGGCAGCCCGCAGAUCUUUUACACGCACCAAUACUACAUUUCCCACAAUGCAACGGUGACGCACCGAGCAGUAGGCUGCUUCAUUUCAAUAUUUAUUGGCACAGCAGUCGUCAGCAUCACAGUAAAAUUAACUUUCAGAUACCCAUCAAAAAUGGCAAAACGGAAGGUGGACACUGAGAACCGGGGGUUUCAAACAAGGUGGGAGUCGGAGUAUAUGUUCACGGAGGUAGCUGGAAAACCUGUGUGUCUUCUGUGUGGAGAAAGUGUGGCGGUACUGAAAGAGUAUAAUCUGAGACGACAUUAUGAAACGAAACACGCGGACAAAAACAAGAAUAUGGACAUGGAACAAAGGCUACAAAAGGCAGAGGAAUUAAAACGAGGCCUCAAAUCUCGACAGGCUCUGUUCAAAAAAGCCAAAUCACAAGGCCAGGCUGCUGUCAAGGCCAGUUUUAUUUUGGCAGAAGAGAUCGCUAAAUCAGCCCGGCCAUUUACGGAGGGGGAUUUCAUCAAAAACUGCAUGAUUAAAGUUUGUGACGAAGUUUGCCCAGAAAAAAGGCAACUCUUUUUAAAUGUGAGUCUGAGCAGAAACACCAUUGCCGAGAGAGUAGACCAGUUGUCCAUCAAUCUAAAAGAGCAGCUUGUGAAAAAGGGAAAAGAUUUCAUUGCAUAUUCCUUGGCUGUGGAUGAGAGCACUGACAUUUCUGACAUUGCCCAGUUGUCAAUUUUCAUCCGCGGAGUGGACUCCAGCCUAAGCGUGACAGAGGAGUUUUUGGCUUUACGUCCUAUGCAUGGCACAACUACGGGGCAUGAUUUGUAUGAAGAGGUGUCAAGAUGUGUAAAUGAGAUGGAGCUGCCUUGGGAAAAACUCGUGGGUUUGACAACCGACGGAGCACCUGCGAUGUGUGGACACAGGAGCGGACUGGUGGCGAAGAUACGGGAAAAGAUGCAAGAGGAAAACGCGACAGGUGAGCUGACAGCUUAUCAUUGUAUCAUACACCAGGAAGCGUUGUGCGGUAAAGCCUUGAAAAUGGAGCAUGUAAUGAGCAUCAUCACGCGCACAGUUAACUUUAUCAGAGCCAAAGGUUUGAAUCACCGCCAGUUCAAGGCAUUUCUGACGGAGUUAGAAACGGAGCAUGGUGAUUUGCCUUAUCACACAGAGGUGCGAUGGCUAAGCCAGGGAAAGGUGCUUCAAAGAUGUUUCGAGCUUCGUGAGGAGAUUUGUCUGUUCUUGGACAGCAAAGGGAAAGACACAACACAACUCCGAGACGAAAUGUUUCUGUGUGAAAUGGCUUUUCUGUGUGACAUUACGAGUCAUCUGAAUGCAAUGAACUUGCAGCUGCAGGGUCGGGAUCAUGUCAUCUCUGAUAUGUACAGUACAGUGAAGGCAUUUAAAACCAAACUGACUCUGUGGGAGACGCAGAUGCGGAAAGAAAAUUUGAGCCACUUUCCCAGCUGCCAGACCAUGAAAGAGAAGCUCUCUACCAGUGCGUUCCCGAGCGCACAGUUGGCUGAUAAAAUAGGUAUGCUUGCCGCUGACUUUCGACGCCGAUUUGCUGACUUUGAAGCACAAAAAAGCAGGUUGGAACUGCUCGGUAACCCAUUUGCUGUUGACGUGGAAAGCUCACCACCAAACCUCCAAAUGGAGUUGAUUGACCUCCAAUGCAAUGAUGCACUGAGGGCAAAAUAUGCGGCAGUGGGUGCUGCGGAGUUCGCCCGUUUCCUCCCCGACACAAUGCCCCAGCUGCGCAUCCAGGCUGCUCAAACGUUGUCUAUGUUUGGCAGCACAUACCUGUGUGAACAACUGUUUUCUUUGAUGAACCUGAACAAAACAUCACACAGAAGUCGACUUACUGCUGAACAUCUCCACUCAAUUCUGAGGAUUUCCUCAGCUCAGAGCCUUACCCCGAACAUUGAUGAACUUGUGGAAAAGAUGGGACACCACCAAGUAUCACCCUCAACCUCAAACAAGUGAACAUUACUGUGCAAUCACA